AUGGCUAAAAAGAAAAUAGAAUUGUUUAUCGAUAUAUCAAAUGAAAAGGAUUUCCACCAUACUUUACAAGAAUUCGAAAAUAAAUUUAUUUGUGCAGAAAUAUAUUGUCACUUCUCUGGAUAUUGUACGGCGUUGGACAGAAUAUUUUCUAAGGUCAAAUUUGAAUGGAGUAAUAACGAAGUUGUGUUUCUCAGAGUACCAGCUGAUGAGAUUCAAGCGUUGUCGCGUCUACGCAACCAAAGUGAACCAUUCUAUAUGUUCAUUGUUAAUCAAAGAGUAACUCAAGUUUUUAGAGGUCUGGACCCUCCAAAAUUUGAAGAUGUCGUAAAGCAAGAACUUAUGUACUAUCGUCAGUGGAAAGACGACCUCGAAUUUGACAGACAAACCUAUCAGCUGGACGAACCUACUCCUGACGAAAUGGAUUGGAUAAACGCUCGGGCGGUCGAAAGGGAGCAGGAGAUUUUAUCGACACGCGCGCGACAGGAAGCGCGACAAGCUGCACGCAAGAAGCACCGCGCGACACUUAUGGCGCCGCAUUUGGAAGUGCUUGACUUCGUGCUGUACUGGCCACACGCCAUCCACGCACACCCAGAGCUCUACGAACAAUGGAACGAGAACAACAUCAUCAUGAUUGCUAGAGAAGAGUUGCAACUGACCGAAGAAGAAGCGUUAGAUAUCCUUUAUUCUGGUGAUGCGCCAAUUAAUGAAGCGUCCAUGCACACUCUGUUAUCAGGGAAGGCUCUUGCUAUAUGUCUCCAGACCCUGGACCCAGUAAACAUGGUUGCUUUAGUUCGAAGAAUUCUGUACGAAGACAACAUAAAAAAUCUGGAUGAAAAUCAUAGGGCAUCCAUACAGUCUAUCUCGGCGUUUGACUACUAUAAAACGUACAGCCCAACCAGGGAAGAAAUUUGGAAGAAAAGGAAGGAAGAAAGAAAACUACAAUGGGAAGAUGAAAAAAUUCGCCAUGCGAGGCGUUAUUCUGAGAUGCUUCGCUUGGCGCGCCAGGCUAGAGAAGAAGCUAUUGAAGCAAAAAAAGUGGCCAAAGAAGAAAAAAAGCUGGAAUUAUUAAAGGCUGGUUUUGAAGAACUACCAGAGCAGGAAGAAGUGGUAGAGGAUCCUGACGAGUACUUCCCUCCAGCUGGUCUCCCCAUCCCUGGGUUCUACUCUCCACCAAACGAUAUUGCCAAAGCUAACGGAUUGGCUUUGCUCUUCCCAAAGUUGGUAGAAGAUCGUGUGGUGCCUACUUCUGAGUUUCUUCCACCCCACGUCCUCGUCAUGGUGCAUAUGUACAGACGACACAAGGUCAUCGAACAUAUUGCACCUUUUACAAGUGGCAUUAUACACAUGGGUAUCUUCAAGGCAUCCACUCCAUAUGAUGCUAAGCAUAUUGCUUACUCUGUAAAACAGUUUGACGCUAUGGAAGUUAAUAUUAGUUUAGACGAUUUAAAACUGUGUUUUAUGGUGACGACUAAGGUAGACAUGCCUUUACUGGAGUUAAUGGACUUCAGUCCAAUUCACGUGAGUCGCGACACAGUGAUUGGAGAAGAAGAAUGCGCUGCCAUGUUCCCUGUGGAUUACGGUGACGAGUACAAUGAACUGGAAGAUUUUGUCGUGCCAAAAAAGAAAUGA